GUUUGGGUCAGUCUGCCGGAGAAGGUUGUCGAGUUCGCAUCGGAGGUACCCAGAGGUCUGAGCAAGCAGAAAAUUUCCAGACGCAAUCUGUUUCGUAUUUGGUUUACCUCUCCGGGGCUUAUUUGCCAAGAAUGAUAAACAGCAAGAUAAGGGAGGACAAGUUGGAAACGCUUGUUUCGCGCAGCGCUGUGCCGAUCAUCGAUCUCGCCCACUGCGGAAAGUCCCUAGUCAAUCGGGUGGGUCAGCAACUCCACAAGGCUUUCACUGAAAAAGGAAUUGCUUUCCUGGUCAACCACGGGAUAGCAGAAGACAAGAUCAAAGCUGUUUGGGACCAAUUCGACAACUUCUUGGACCUGCCAGCAGAGGUUCAGGAUCGCUACAGGCGAAGGGAUGGGGUUAAUUAUGGAUACGUCAGUCCGGGGAUGGAGCGAUUCGAUGGAAGCACCCCAGAGCUCCGCCACGCCUACAACAUUUGCAAGCUGGAUGAACAAAAUAUUCCGAGGGAUCCAUUGCCAGAAUUCGCAGAAGAGGUUACGACCCUUUGCACGGAUUUGAAGGCCAUGUCUACGUUUAUUCUGAAGGCCAUGGAGGUGGCUCUGGAGAUUUCACCGUCCUACCUUAUCGACAAGCACUCCCAGAUGUUGGAAGGGGAUGAUCUGAACAUGAGCACCCUGAGGAUGCUGUACUAUCCGGCGAUUGUGGACGACGAACCGGGCCAGAGUGAGGGGGCCAUUCGUUGCGGUGCCCAUGUGGACUACGGAACCUUCACCCUCCUCGCCCAGGAUUCCGAAGGCGGCUUGGAGGUGCAACUGCCGGGCAGCGAGAAGUGGGAACGAGUGGGUCAUCUACCUGGAGCCAUACUCAUCAACGGCGGCGAACUCCUGUCCAUCUGGACCAAGCAGCGAUACCAUGCCCUGCCUCAUCGCGUGGUUAUACCCGAACAAGAUCAUAUACGAACUCGCGGCAGGCACUCCAUUGCCUAUUUUUGCCAUCCCAAUAAUGAGACCCUGAUAUCUCCCAACGAUCUCUCGAGUGAAGUCGAGGAACCGAGCAAGGACAAAGUAUACACUGCCUAUGAACUGAUACAGAAAAAGUUUAAUGACACCUACGGUCAGCGAUCUCAAUAAACCAACGAAUCUGGGGCAAAAGAUUAUUGCAGCUGUAGAACUCAUUGGGAGUGGUAAACAAAUUGCAAUUUUUGAAUAAAGUAAUAAUCAAAUAAUAAUAAAGUAA